AUGCUUCGUAGUUCCGCAGAAAAAGUCGAAGCAACCCAAACAACUUAUCGCAAGAAUACACGAACAAUGCGCCCACCAGUACGGUUACUAAAGCCACUGGAGGCACCGAGCCUUCGAAACUCGAAGAAGGCAUUAUAUGUCUGCUCCAAUUGCCGAUACGAUGCUUCAUACCUCCCGUCAUCCUCACAGCGUCGCCAUGCCAGCGGUUCCGGAAACACUCCCUUCACAGACAAGCUUCGACGACGAAUCUGGGGAACCGAUAAUCCUCCUGGCUUGGAAGAUCCGUACGGUGGCGAAGGCGUGAUUGCAAAGGAAUGGGCGAAACGCAAGGCUCAAUAUAUGGGUAAAGAUGCACAGCAGAAGCAGAAAGGAGAGGAGCAAAAUGCAGUGGAACUACCCAGGGCGGAUGAAAUUGAGCCUGAAGAGGAUGAGUCGCUUCUACCGGAUUUUACGCCUGCCACGACGGCUCAUGAUUUGCCGAGGAUGGGCCAUUUGAGCCAAUGGAACGACUUUCCACCAACUGAGGGUGAUGUCUAUCGUCCAUUUAUAUCCCGCCAAAAAGCCCUGACCAGCGCCCAUUUCCGCUCAGCCGCUCAAUCUGUCGCCAUUGAAUUGAGUCUUUUGCACGAACUCAAGAAACCUCUGUCGCUAGCUUGUGAUGUGCCCAGGCACGAUGAGAUGAUUUGGGAAAUGAUUCAGAAAUGUCAAAUAAACAAGUCCAGCAGCACUACGUCACUGGAUGCCAUUUUGAAAUUUCCCAAUAAGGAGAUAAAGGAUACACUCCUCUUUGUCUUUAACCAGCUUGGAGAGAUUCCAGAGGCUCAACCUGAGGCUACUGUUGAAGCUACUGAACAGCCAGAAACUGAAGAAUUGAAGACUGAAGCAGCUGUCAAAGAAGAGAUCGAAGCCGAGGAAGUCGCCGAAGUUGAAGAACCUCAGGAGAUUGAUGAUGCUGUUUACUCUUAUGCGUUAAAAGCCAAGACAGCCCCUGAACACGAGGGAUAUCUCAAAUUCUCACUCUCUGACCCAGAUGUCAAGUUUGCUUUCUUCAAACGCUACUCCCAGAUAACCGGCCACCACAUGCAGGACAUCUGCGCCUACAAGGCCAAGACUAUACAAGACGUAAUUGACCACGUCGAAAAGAUCUACUGCCGCCCCAAAAAGCUAGCGACAGAACUACAAAUGUUGAAAAAGGAACUGGAUAUCCCGAACUUGCACAUCCAUUCCAAGCGCUAUACCAAAGCAGUUCAAGAUCGUGAAGUGGGUAGAGCGAAACUUGUGGAGGCGGCUUUGAGAGAGAGGGGAUUGUUGAAGGAGCAGCAGGAUAAGCAGAGCAGGUUCCAAUUAUGA